AUGGGGAAGAUCAUGGGAAGUGCAGUGCUGUGGAAAGUGCUUGAAGGUGACAUCCAGCAUCCUCACUUGACUAGGAAAUGGGCUGCAGGCUCCUCUCUUGUGCUCAUCACAUUUUCUAAAGUUCUUAAUGGCAAUCCAACACCUCUGUCCAGCUCCUCAGCUUCAUCACAACCCAUUCUGGAUGGUUCUUUUGGUCUGGAUGAACAUGAUGGUAUUCUUCGGGAUGCAGAAAAUCCUGGUUUGGUCGAAAGUUCCCAGGAAAAUUCUGGGUUCUUCAGUGAGGAUGGUGAGGAAAAUAAGGGUCCUCUGGCAUUGCGAAAGUGGGAUGUUCAAAAGGAGCUCAACUCCAGUUUGGAUGCAGAUUCUUUGAUAGGUUAUAAUCCAUCCUCCACUCGUCCUUCGUCUCUCACUCUCCGCAAGGCUCCCAAGAAGCUUAAUUCCUCCUCAUCUUUCUUCCUCCCUGCGGUUAAAGCUCCGGACCCAGAACAAUGGCAGAGCGAGUUUGAGGCCAGCGGUUUUCCAGUUCAUUCUUCCUCUCCACUGUCUACCACAGCUGUCACUUCACUCAUACACUCCUCCAUCACUGAGUCCAUGGCUGGGUUCUUUGGAACAAACAGCUUCCUGCCUGAAGCCACAGAUGGUGCUGACAGCCCUGAGGAGGACUUUGAUGAUGUCCGAGAGAACAUCCUCACCCAGGCACCUACCGUUCCAGAAAUAGGGGUGUUCCCUAGCCAAGUGCCCUUACAGCCUGAUGAUUCCCACCAGGAUGACUCAGAGGAGCAGGAGGAAAAUGAAGAGAUUGUGCUGUUCCCAACUGAGGUAGCUGGACAGGAGGUAGAUGUUUGGAAGCCUCCUUCUUCAGCAGAUUCGGACACGCCUAUUGUGGCCUUCACUGAGACAGCCUGGCACAAAGCAGGGGAAGAUGAUGAUGAUGAUGAUGAUGAUGAGAAGGAGUCUGAGUUUCGUCAUGGAGGCACUGAUUAUCUGUCAGAGACAGACCUGCCUGGUUCCCAAGAAACAGUGCAGGUAAUGUGUGUUGACUGGAGUGAUCUGGGAGGAAAAGGCUAUGUCAUCCUCAACAUGUCAGAGGAUUAUGAUUGUAAUACGUUUCGUGUGGAGAGUGGGGACAGGCUGCUGGAGAUGCUGGAGAGCACAUUCUCCAGGAAGAUGAACAGUCCUCAUGGCUCAUGGUUCAUCUCACUGAGCAAACCCACCAAACAGGAACAUCAGCUUCUCAUGAUGCUUACCAAUGAGCAGGGUGUCAUUGCUACUAAAGAUUUGCUGUCAAUGCUGGGAGAAGUAAGGAGAGAAUUGAACGAGAUUGGUAUUCAGAACUUCUCCAGCGUGAGCACGUGCCACUCCAGACCCAGCCAGACGCGCAGCGAUUACGGCAAACUGUUUGUCGUGUUGGUGAUAAUCGGCUCAGUGUGUGUGAUCAUCAUUGCAUCUGGGCUCAUUUACAUCUGCUGGCAGCGCCGCCUUCCCAAAAUGAAGAGCAUGUCACGCGGCGAAGAGCUCCAUUUUGUGGAGAACGGCUGUCAUGACAACCCCACGCUGGACGUGACAAGCGAUGGCCAACCGGAGCCACAGGAGAAGAAGCACAGCACCAAUGGCGUGCCAGCAGGCUCUGGAGCUUGGCAAGGCAUGCCAAACAAGUCAGGCAAAGAGGAGGAAGACAAUCAAGAGGAGGACACCCACCUCUAAUAAGGAGGAGAAC